AAAUCAGCGAAUCUCUUAAAAUCAUCAACCAAACCAACAAUAUUAAUCAAAUUCUCAAAGCUAAUGUUAAUGAACCUUUAUCACACACCACAAGACCAAUCACACCAGUCAACCAGAUCAAUUCAAAAACCAAUUCUAAAACAUCUAGAACCCCGCUGACAUCCAGCAAGAUACAAUCAUCCUGGAAAAGGAAUUCACCAUUCACUCAAUACAACAAUGACGUAAAUAAUGAAUUUAAUCUUGAAAUUGAAACACCA